AAACAUGUUCCGCACAUUAAAUUUCUUGGUCCAAGAACCAAACUUCACAAAGAACAAAUGAACAAAGCACCAAAGCCUCACCCAGCGGCACCAAAAGAUUCAAGUUUACCUUCAAGCUCUCACAAUAAAUCACAAGAAUUAAAAACAAAUAAUAUAUCAUAUAAACAAAAACAUAUUAUAGAAUAUUCAGAUUUACCCGAUAAGUAUAAAAGAAGGGUUCUAACGCUUGAAGAGAUUGAAACUAUUGAG